CGCCUAUUCACUCUGAACGCUCCCGCGGCCCCCGGACUCGACGCGCAUGCCGUGCUACCCCGCCUGGUUUGACGCAGGACUCGCCCCAACGCGACGCGUGCUUGAGCCUAGGAUUGUCGCAAAUCGCCGGUCGUCACUCUCGAGGCCCGUUGUGCGGCCAGGAUCCCCACGUAUAAUUGCUAUAGCUCAGCCCUGGGCGCGAAGGACCCCGCAGCCCGACGCUUUUGAGUCGCGGGACAGUAAAUAACACCCCGGCGGCCAUUGAGCGAGCGAUCGGGCGCCUGCUCCCUCAAUGCCCCAGCCGACGACCCGCCGCCGCAGACGACCGCACGACGCACUCGGAGAGACACCACAGCGCAAUAGGGGCCCGGGAAUUGGGCCGGAUUGAGCUGGAUUGAAGGGAUUGCAGCGUGCCUCACGGGCUAGAGGAAAGAUGGUCUCGCACCCCCCAAAAGCUGCACACUCGCAGGCGCGCCCGCAGCACCAGCAGCCCUCGAGCGCCAACACGCCCGGCCACGCAAAGAAGGCAUCGUCCUCGUCCGUUUCGAACGCACGCACGUCGGGCCGUGAGGACAGACCGAGCAGGGAGGGGGCGGCACAGCGGGCAGCGCAGGAUGUCGUCGGCCUCAAAGACUACCAGCUGGGCGACUGUCUGGGCAAGGGCGCCUUUGGCAGCGUGUACCGCGCCCUGAACUGGGGCACCGGCGAGACGGUAGCCAUCAAGCAGGUCCGGCUGGAGAACCUGGGCGCGGCCGACCUCAAGACCAUCAUGCUGGAGAUCGACCUGCUCAAGAACCUCAACCAUGCCAACAUCGUCAAGUACCACGGCUUCGUCAAGAGCUCCGAGAGUCUGUACAUAAUCCUGGAGUACUGCGAGAACGGGUCGUUGCACAGCAUCUGCAAGAACUUCGGCAAGUUUCCGGAAAACCUCGUCGCCCUCUACAUGUCCCAGGUCCUCCACGGCCUGCUGUACCUGCACGAGCAGGGUGUCAUCCACCGCGACAUCAAGGGCGCCAACAUCUUGACAACCAAGGAGGGGCUGGUAAAGCUGGCCGACUUCGGUGUGGCUACAAAGCAGUCGGGGCUGGAUCAGUCGAGUGUGGUAGGAACGCCGUAUUGGAUGGCGCCUGAGGUCAUUGAGCUCUCUGGCGCGACGACAGCCUCGGAUAUCUGGAGCGUCGGGUGUACGGUCAUCGAGCUGAUUGAGGGGAAGCCGCCGUAUCACAAACUGCAGCCCAUGCAGGCGCUGUUUCGGAUCGUCAACGACGAGCAUCCGCCUAUACCAGGCAGUGCUUCCCAGCUUCUCCGCGAGUUCCUGAUGGAAUGCUUCCAAAAGAAUCCCGCCCUGCGCAUCUCCGCAAAACGAUUGCUCAAGCAUCCGUGGAUCGUGAGCGCGAAACGUACAGUCCCCCCCGUGCCGACGAAGCCCACCGAAUACCGGGAAGCAGUCAAGUCCGUGCAGGAAUGGAACGAAGCUCUCAACUCGCAAACGCUACGUCGAAGCUCCCGUUUGGCGUCUGGUGCGAGGAGGGAUAUCCCACAUACGUCAUCCUCAACCGCUGGCGCCCCAGCUGUUGUACGCAAGUCUCCGGUGAACGUUAACCUCAACAUCCCUAAGCACAGACCCAAUGCCGACUUAUUCCGCUCACCAGAGGUGGACAAGGAUGACAACUGGGAUAAUGAUUUCGCGGAGAGCAUUUCGCCGCGGGCAUUUCACCAGCCACAUCUCAAACCGCAGGAUAAUUUUGGGGGACUCUUCUCUGGUGAUAGGCUUAAGGCGUUUGCGAGCUUCGAUGCUCUUACCGAGGAGGCGCCGAAUUCGGAUGGUGAAGCCACAGUGAAGAGCCCACUUAACCUCCAGGAUCUGCGUGGCAUCUCGGCUGCUUUUGGCGGCACUGGCUCUGGAAAGUCGUCCACGAAAGCAAGAGCGUCAGCAUCACGGUCGACAUCAGCAUCGAUGCCGUCCGAGGAGCAUCACGAGGGCCAGCCUAAAACCGCGUUCCUGCGUGGAGUCCCAAGAGCAUCGGAGUUACCUAAGAGCAAGGUCGCCGCUCUUGCUCGGCCCUCACAAAUGUUCCGCGAGAACUCCGUGGAGGACUAUUCAGACCUGAUGCCGGCGGACGAGAGCGCUUUCGAAAAGAAGUUGAGGGCAAUGCAGGGUGCGCAUCCGUCUAUGCUACCUCAGCAGAAGUCGGUCAAAGCAGCUUCAAGUUCGCCAGCUGAGUCAUUCUCGCCCAAGCUCUUCCAUCCUUCCGACCUGAAGACUGCGCCCAAGUCAACGCGAGAAACGAAAGUCAAUGGGAACGUGCGGCAACGCUCGGCUUCAUCGACAUCGACGCGAAAGAUGCAGCGGUCGCAAUCUGAGAUCGAGAUUCAGAAGUACGCUGAGGAUGACCGAGACGACUUCUCGGACGUAUUUGGCGACAUUAGGACGAACAAGGCGGAAAGUGAUAGUGGCUCCGAGCACAGCAUGGCCAUGAUCACAUCCAAGAUGUCCUCGUCAUUUAUGAUCGUGGAUGACGACGACCUUGAUCCUUUUGCCAAUAUGGACGAAGGCUUGGAAAACAUCAAUCUUGAAAACAACGUCGCCCGUGACCGCGAUGACCGCCUGGCAAAGCAGACAGAGAACCUCGUUGGUUGCUUGAAGACGAGUCAACCUGAAGACGUCCUGCUCGACAUUGCCGAGCAGCUCCUGCAAGUCCUCUUCGAGUCGCCCGAUAAACGCUCCAUUGUCCUACGCUCUCAUGGCAUGCUCCCUAUCCUGGAGAUCCUAAGCACUGUACCCCCCAAUGACGUCGUAUUACCUCUGUUAAAGAUCAUCAACUUGAUUAUUCUCGAAGACGCCGAAUCGCAAGAGUCGCUAUCCUUCCUUGGCGGCAUACCUAUCAUUUGUAAUUUUGCAUACAAGAAAUACCCCAGCGAGAUCCGCAAAGAGGCUGCUGCUUUCGUGCGGCAGAUGUACCAGACGAGCACGCUGACGUUGCAGAUGUUCAUCGGCUGCGGUGGUAUCAACGUCCUGGUAGAGUUCCUAGAAGAAGACAUAGAUGCGGAGAGGGACCUGGUGCUCAUUGGCGUCAAUGGCGUGUGGAACGUCUUCGAACUACAAGGUCCAACGCCGAAGAACGAUUUCUGUCGCAUAUUCUCACGCAGCUCUGUAUUAUACCCGCUGUCGUUGGUAUUGAACAGGAUGGUGGAUGAGAUGGAUGAGGUGUCGCAGCUUAUCCAAGGGCGCAUCGUCAGUAUUUUUCUGAUCUUUUCCCAGGCGGAGAGCCAUGUGAAAGAUCUAGUGGCGGAUCGAAUGAUCCUGAAGCGCGUCCUCAAAGACCUCCGCAAGAUGUCGCCCGUGCACCAGGUGACUAUGCUCAAAUUUAUAAAGAACCUCUCGAUGCUCUCCUCCACACACGAAGCCCUCCAGAACUCCAACGCAAUCGACAUCCUCAUCGAGCUACUUAAGACUACUCGAAAGCAGAGCAACUCCCGCGAGAUUUCCAACCAGGUGCUCAACACCAUGUAUAACCUAUGUCGGCACAACAAGAGCAGGCAGGAAGAGGCCGCGCUGUCGGAUGUCAUACCCCUGCUGAAGGAGGUGGUCAAAGACGGAGGUCCGCUCAAGGAGUUCGCGCUGCCGAUAUUGUGCGAGCUCGCACAUAGCGGCAAGGUAGCGCGCAAGAUGCUAUGGGAUGCGAAGGGAUUGCAGUUUUAUAUCAAUAUGCUGGCGGAUCGGAAUUGGCAGGUUACGGCGUUGGAUGCUAUCUUCGUGUGGCUCCAAGAGGAAACCGCUCGCGUCGAGCAGUACCUGCUAUCAUCCAACUUCAGCACCGCCAUCAUCUCAUCCUACACCUCCCCCGAACUGUCGCAGUCCUCCUUCGAGAACAUGCUUGAGCCUUUGCAGAAGCUCGUCCGCCUCUCUCCACCUAUCGCAGCUUCCCUCGCCGUCCCCGAGAUCUUCACCCGCACGGUGCAGAAACUCGGGCAUAAGGAUGCUGUCACCCGGCUGAACCUCUUGCGUAUUCUGCGCACCAUCUGCGAUGCCACGGAGGAUGAGUGCACGCUCAUCAAGCGAUUUGGCGUCUACGAUACCAUUCUCCACCUCUCAGCUCACGACCCGGCUAUCCUCGUCCGUCAAAUGGCCGAAGAGCUAGUCUGCGCCUGCGACGAAGUCGGCAAACGCAGCACAUCUCGCGCUUCCGGCUUCCGCCGCCCAGCAUCUAGUGCUGGUACACGUGCGGGAUCGGGCUCAAGCAGCGGCUCGACACUUGCCACCGGCAUGACCCCACCCACACCAACCAGUCUCAAGAAUGCCUUCGCUAUACCGCCUCUGCCGCCCACACCGACGCUUGCCGGAAGUAGUCGUGAGCGUGUAGCCCGAAGCCAAUCUACGGCUGGCAUCUGGGAUCUCCAGGAAGAACCUAGCCGAUCUAAGCCUGCAUCUCUAGCACGUUCCUCAACGGCUCUUGCAGCACUUGGCGUUCCUCCAUCCUCAUCGUCAUCCUCAAUAUCUUCACGGACACCAGGCAGUAGUCGACCGCCGUCCCGCGACACUUCUUCCUCUCUUUCCUCUCGCCUAGACGCCAACAAAGACGCCUCGGCAAAGUCCCGCCUCCCGAAAGCGCGACAGGGCCGCCUGAGCGAGGCUGUUAGCCGGCGUCGCCAAAGCCAGGCUGGCAUGGGCGAGGAAAACCAGACGCCGAAUGGGAAUGGUCCCCCAUUGCCGAGACUGCAAAUCGUGCGGCGCAGAAGGGAAACGAGUGGUGGCGAACUGAGCACCGCCUCCUCGCGCAGAGGCGCCGGCGUCGCGGAUUAGGGAUCCAAGUAUGAUGUUCGGUGGUGGGGACGCAGGGAUCGGGCGAGGACGGAUUGGAGUCGCUGGGUGUGAUUUCGAAACAGAGCCCCUUUCGUUUGUUUACAUUGAGAGCAAGGAAGGGCGUUGGGUGGUGUUUGUUUAUACACGGCCCCGCAUGAGACGGACUGGAUUGGUUUGCACUUGCAUACAUACUUAGAGGACAUGCAUAGCUUUGGCGCCCCUUCUCUUUUUCUUUUUGUGGGGUUUAGCGGUUUUGGGCGCGUCGAAGAAGGAUAGCAUAGCAAUGGACGACGAUUGGGUUAUCUCUUA